GAUAGCCAGCAUUCUGAUGGGGAGCAGAACAGCGGCUUCGUGGGCGAGCAACCAACGCAAUUGCUACUGGACAGGUGGACCUUGGCCAAAUGCAUGAACCACACCUACCUUGCCGUCGGUGAUGGCGCGAAUCACAUCCAAACCGAGUACUUCCCCUUCACACGCCCGCUUGACAUUCAGGUAAUAGAGCAACUUCAACACCUAUUGGUUGACGAUCUGGACAAGGAGGAGUGCACGAAACUGCUGGAUAUCUAUGCGCCUGAGAAACUUUCGCUGCUUCAAGAUCUGCCACCCUGGCUUCCAUGGCUUCUGCUGCUCUUGCUUCUGCCUCUUUCAUGCCUCCUCUGCUUCUUGUGGCCAAAGUUGUGCAAGAAGCGACAGCUUUCCUCCCCAGCGAAGCUGGGGCGCUCUGCAGUUGCGGAGUCCAACGUCGCCAUUGAGAAGUGGCUCUCCAUGCACAACACAUCGCCGAUGACGGGAGCUGUCUUGGCGCACAGGUAUCUCACCGAGAACUUCGCGCUCCGCCACCUCAUCGAGACCUACGAAGCGCAACUGUCAGAGAAGAGGACGACGGAGGGUCGUCGAGCAGGUGUUUCGAAGACCUGCAUCUCUCCACCGCUGUCUGAGCUCAGCGAUGAGGCCGAUUCGUACAUGGAAGAAGAGUGGAGCAACGAGGCCCCAUCACGGCGCAUGGUUCGCAUGGAAGAGGACAUGCCGAUCCUUAGCCACCAAGUGGACGAUGGCUGA